AUGUUACUCUGGCUCGUGCUAAUUGCUGCUCUCUGCGUUUACCGCGUUUAUUCUAUUCUACCAAGUCGACGACGUCGAUUAACGCGCUCAGAGACAAAAGCACUCGCUGUGUUCCUUGGCUCUGGUGGCCACACGAAGGAAGCAUUGACCCUCAUAUCAGCCCUCGACUUCGCGCGUUAUAGACCAAGAACUUACAUCAUCAGCGAUGGUGACACCUUCAGUCUUCAGAAAGCGGUAGACUUGGAAAACUUGAAAGCGACUGCAACAUGUCCCGCCGACUACUCACUGAUAACCGUUCCACGAGCACGUCGACUUCAUCAACCAUUGUACACGAUACCGCCUACUGCUCUACGUGCACUUCUAUCUUGUAUCUACUACUUGACUUUUGCAAGCCGACCUUUGGGGGAUGUGCUUAUUCUCAACGGUCCAGGCACUUGUUUGGUACUCUGUAUUGCAGUCUACAUCAAUAAAUUUCUCGGCAUCGCAGCACCGCGCCUCAUCUACAUCGAGUCGUUCGCUCGCGUUGAAUCUCUGUCCCUAUCGGGAAAACUGCUUCACCCUCUUGUUGACAGGUUUAUCGUCCAAUGGAAGCAGCUAGCUGAAAAAGUAAAAGGAGCCGAAUUUUACGAGCUACUUGUUUGA